AUGGACAUGCACGAGAGGGUGUACGGCUUUCCUGGAAUACUAGGGAGCUUAGAUUGUAUGCAUUUGGAGUGGAAGAAUUGUCCAACGGUGUGGAGAGUGCAAUUUACUGGUGGAUACAAGGGCAGCCACCCGACGUUGGUCCUCGAAGCCAUCGCUGACCAUCGGUUCUGGAUCUGGCAUGCUUACUUCAGUGUGGCGGGAUCGAACAACGACAUCAAAGUCUUUAGCACAUCGUAUCUCUUCACCGAGCAAAGCAAUAGCAACGGCCAGACCAUCGAGUUCGCUGCAAACAGGCGCCAGCAUCAUAUAUGGUACUACUUGGUCGAUGACAUAUACCCGAGGUGGCUAAUUUUUCUGAAGACAAUCAGCUGCCCAAUGGAUCGGAAGAUUGCUGUAUUUGCGCACUGCAAGAGGCCAUGCGCAAGGAUGUGGAGGGGGCAUUUCGUGUUCUCCAAGCGCGCUGGGCAAUAG